ACAGCUACAACCAGGGGUGGUGUUGGCCAGCUGAAUUCAAACAGAGCUGCGCCCCGACACCCUACACCUUGGCCAAGACCAGGAAGACCGUAGAUGGAGCUGGGGAAACUGCCCAACUGGCCGUCAGCUGCUUGCUGCUGUUCCUUGCACCGUCUCUAACUGUGGAGCUAGAAGCUUCAAAAAUGAGAUCGACAUGUUCACGCUACUAUACAGUCAGUCUCCUACAUGCGAAUGAGUUCUGUCCUGAGAGCAUGUUUUAUUACUUUACUGUUCUUUUUGGCCACGAAGGUCAGAAACCACUAGAGCUGCGCUGUGAGGAGGAGCAGGAUGGUAAAGAGUGGAUGGAGGCCAUUCACCAAGCCAGUUAUGCAGACAUUUUGAUUGAGAGGGAAGUAUUAAUGCAGAAGUACAUUCAUCUAGUUCAGAUCGUAGAGACAGAAAAAAUUGCAGCUAACCAACUCCGGCAUCAACUUGAAGAUCAAGAUACAGAAAUCGAAAGGCUUAAAUCAGAGAUUAUCGCUCUUAAUAAAACAAAGGAACGAAUGAGACCUUACCAAAGCAAUCAAGAAGAUGAGGAUCCAGACAUCAAGAAGAUAAAAAAGGUUCAGAGCUUCAUGCGAGGAUGGUUAUGUAGAAGGAAAUGGAAGACCAUCGUGCAGGAUUACAUUUGUUCUCCUCAUGCCGAAAGCAUGAGGAAGAGAAACCAGAUUGUGUUCACCAUGGUCGAGGCCGAGUCGGAGUACGUUCACCAGCUCUACAUCCUCGUCAACGGUUUCCUGCGGCCCCUGCGCAUGGCGGCCAGCUCCAAGAAGCCCCCCAUCAGCCACGAUGACGUCAGCAGUAUUUUUCUCAACAGUGAAACAAUCAUGUUUCUUCACGAAAUAUUUCAUCAAGGACUGAAGGCAAGAAUAGCCAACUGGCCUACUUUAAUUUUAGCUGAUCUCUUUGAUAUUUUGCUCCCCAUGCUGAACAUUUAUCAAGAAUUUGUGCGUAAUCACCAGUACAGCCUCCAAGUGCUCGCCAAUUGUAAGCAAAACAGAGACUUUGACAAACUCUUAAAACAGUAUGAAGCCAACCCUGCCUGUGAGGGGAGGAUGCUGGAGACAUUCUUGACAUAUCCAAUGUUUCAGAUCCCCAGGUAUAUCAUCACGCUUCAUGAACUCCUGGCUCAUACACCCCAUGAGCAUGUGGAGAGGAAAAGUCUGGAGUUUGCGAAAUCCAAACUAGAGGAACUGUCCAGGGUCAUGCAUGACGAAGUGAGCGACACGGAAAACAUAAGGAAGAACCUUGCCAUAGAAAGAAUGAUCGUCGAGGGCUGUGAUAUCUUGCUGGACACCAGCCAGACUUUCAUCCGCCAAGGUUCUCUUAUUCAAGUACCUUCCGUUGAGAGAGGGAAACUUAGUAAAGUUCGCCUGGGUUCAUUGUCUUUGAAAAAGGAAGGAGAAAGACAGUGCUUCUUGUUUACAAAACACUUUUUAAUUUGUACAAGAAGUUCAGGAGGAAAGCUGCAUCUGCUCAAGACAGGUGGAGUUCUGUCUCUAAUAGAAUGUACCUUGGUCGAGGAGCCCGAUGCGAGCGAUGAUGACUCCAAAGGUUCUGGCCAAGUGUUUGGACACUUGGAUUUCAAAAUAGUGGUGGAGCCUCCUGAUGGUGCCCCCUUCACUGUGGUCUUGUUAGCACCUUCCCGCCAGGAGAAAGCUGCCUGGACAAGUGACAUCAGUCAGUGCGUGGACAACAUACGGUGUAAUGGUUUAAUGACUAUAGUGUUUGAAGAAAAUUCCAAAGUUACUGUGCCACAUAUGAUUAAGUCUGACGCCCGGCUUCACAAGGACGACACUGACAUUUGCUUCAGUAAAACCCUCAACUCCUGCAAAGUGCCACAGAUCCGGUACGCCAGCGUGGAGCGUCUCUUGGAGAGACUGACCGACCUGCGUUUUCUUAGCAUUGAUUUCCUCAACACCUUUCUGCACACCUAUCGGAUUUUCACGACGGCAGCCGUGGUGCUGGGGAAGCUUUCUGACAUAUAUAAGAGGCCUUUCACCUCCAUCCCCGUCAGGUCAUUGGAACUGUUUUUUGCUACCAGCCAGAACAACAGAGGUGAACACUUGGUGGAAGGCAAAUCCCCACGCCUGUGUCGCAAAUUCUCUUCCCCACCUCCACUAGCUGUCUCCAGGACGUCCUCCCCAGUGAGGGCCAGAAAGCUGUCCUUGACUUCUCCCUUGAACUCAAGGAUAGGCGCGCUGGAUCUGACCACCUCCUCGGCGUCCAGCAGCCCCACCACCACCCACAGCCCGGCUGCGUCCCCACCGCCUCAUACUGGUAAAGUGCCGUUGGAUCUGAGCAGAGGCCUUUCUUCUCCAGAACAAAGCCCGGGAUCUCUAGAGGAGUCUGUUGAUAACCCCCGCGUGGAUCUGUGUAACAAGCUAAAACGAAGCAUUCAGAGAGCAGCAGUCCUCGAGUCUGCGCCCGUGGACCGAGCAGGUGUGGACAGCUCCCCCACAGCCGAUGCUACAGAACUCUCACCUUGCAGGUCGCCCUCAACUCCUCGGCACCUCCGCUACCGCCAGCCUGGAGGACAGACGGCUGACAGCUCCCACUGCUCUGUUUCCCCGGCCUCUGCGUUUGCAAUCGCUACGGCUGCAGCAGGACAUGGGAGUCCACCCGGGUUGAACAACUCCGAGAGAACAUGCGACAAAGAGUUUAUUAUACGCAGAACAGCCACGAAUCGAGUACUGAACGUUCUCCGUCACUGGGUCUCAAAGCACGCACAGGAUUUUGAACUCAACAACGAACUAAAGAUGAACGUCUUAAAUUUGCUAGAAGAGGUCUUACGAGACCCAGAUCUUCUUCCCCAGGAACGGAAAGCCACAGCGAAUAUCCUGAGGGCCCUUUCACAAGAUGAUCAAGAUGACAUCCACCUAAAACUGGAGGAUAUAAUUCAGCUGACCGACUGUCCGAAGGCCGAGUGCUUUGAGACCUUGUCGGCCAUGGAGCUGGCUGAGCAGAUAACCCUGCUGGACCACAUCGUUUUCAGAAGCAUUCCCUACGAAGAAUUUCUUGGGCAGGGGUGGAUGAAGCUGGAUAAAAAUGAAAGAACACCUUACAUUAUGAAAACCAGCCAACACUUCAAUGAUAUGAGUAACCUGGUGGCCUCCCAGAUCAUGAAUUACGCGGAUGUCACCUCCCGAGCCAACACAAUUGAGAAGUGGGUGGCGGUGGCGGACAUCUGCCGGUGCCUGCACAACUACAACGGCGUGCUGGAAAUCACCUCAGCCUUAAACAGAAGUGCCAUCUACCGGCUGAAGAAAACCUGGGCCAAGGUGUCCAAGCAGACAAAAGCUCUCAUGGACAAGCUUCAGAAGACUGUUUCGUCUGAAGGAAGAUUUAAAAAUCUCAGAGAAACCCUUAAAAAUUGUAACCCGCCUGCUGUUCCUUAUCUGGGGAUGUACCUGACCGACCUGGCGUUCAUUGAAGAAGGAACACCAAACUUUACUGAGGAAGGCCUCGUCAAUUUCUCCAAGAUGAGAAUGAUAUCACACAUCAUCAGAGAGAUACGCCAGUUCCAGCAGACCUCCUAUAGAAUCGAUCAUCAGCCAAAGGUCACUCAGUACUUGCUUGACAAAGCCCUCAUCAUAGAUGAAGAUACGCUGUAUGAGCUGUCACUAAAAAUUGAACCUCGGCUCCCUGCUUGACGAUCCGACCUUGCCCCGAGUCCGUGGAAUUUUCAUGGAAAGCAGAGCGGACAGAACUGUGCAUGCCACGCCUCCCGCAGUGCUGAGAGGACAGGGGCGUGGAGACAAAGCCAGUCUCCUUAGUGCCCCAAAGAUGACGGAGCCAAACCAGAACCCUGUCUCCAGCCAGGGAAGCCCCGCUGGUUGGGAUCAAGGACAGAUGCUUCAGACUUGGGUGGGAAGCUGAAGAGAGUGGUGUUUGGUAAAGCUGAGGGCGUGCUUGCCUGAGGGAGUAUAAGCUGGGAGGUGCCGGUAGCCAUUUUAAUGCAGCAGGUAAGAAGGGGAAUUUCAAGUUGUGCCCCGUCUUCUGUUAAGAACUCAGGGAUAAAGGUCCAUGGAAAAGGCUUGUGAUGUUUCGCUGGCACUUCACUGGCCUGGGGCACCUCCCAGUUUUCUCCUAGGAUUUAACUGCUUCUCUUACAUUUCCUUUGUUCCAGGCUUCCAGAAGCGCCGAGGCUGUCUCUGUGGGGACGGGCUGACACAUGAGCAAUUUCAAUCCUCAGCAUGUGCAUGGUUCUCAGUGCAUCAUAAAUAUUUAUACUGGAGAAAUGGCAUGUUCUGAAACUGCCCUUUCAGUCUUUAGGCAACAGGACAGGAAAGACAUGUUGAAAGUCAAAUGGAUUUGUAUGUAACAUUUCCAUAACUUAGAACUCAAUAGCUGUGCCCCCAAAGAGUCCAGCCACGUGGGGGACUUCCUCCUGAGGCUGUGCAGUUCAGGAAGUCGAUGCCAUUGAGAGGCGGGUGCAGGCUUUGCAAAAAGAUGCCCAGGCGCCCCACGAACAAAACUGUGGAGCACAACAGAAGGCCACCGAGGGGAAGAGUGGGUCUCAAUGCUAAGUGAAAAGAUACACUUAGAAAUCAUCUCUGCACCUUUCUGAGCUUGUGUUCAUUCCCGCCAGCCCCUUGGUUAUGUGGGAAUCUGUUCUGAUUUACACAAACCAUGCUUAGGCUCACUAUGAACAUUACUUGUAUUUUUUUAAAGUUGUCUAGUGCAGCGGCCCCCAACCUUUUUGGCACCAGGGACCAGUUUCAUGGAAGACCAUUUUUCCACAGACGGGCGGGGGGAGGGGAGUUGGUUUCAGAGUGAUUACGUGCAUUACAGUUAUUGUGCACUUCAUUUCUUUUGUUAUUACAUCAGCCCCACCAAAGAUCAUCAGGCAUUAGGCCCUGGAGGCUGGGGACCCCUGCUUUAGUGGGAUUUUUUUUUUUUUUAAUCCACCCUUCCAUGUACUAUUAGUAGACAGUUCUUUUCCAGUCAUCUUUGUUUUUAAAUUUUGAGACAUUUCUGAGUGAAAAUUUUGUAAGUAUAUGAGAAAUGGGCCCAACCACUCAUGAGCUCUUGUGUCAGAAAACCAAAUGCAGGGGUUCGUCCUCCUACCCUAGGCUGGGAAAGCGACUGUGAUUUCCCCAGGAUUGUUGGUUGUUGAAGAAAUAGGGCUAUCUCAUGUUUACCUCCCUCUUCUCUUCUCAGGGAGACCUCUGCUUUCAAAGAAGAGAAAAGAUAUUGUUACCUGAGCCUAUUGCAUCUGGCAUUAUAUCUUAGAGGCAUGAGGCAUAUCAAUGCUGACAUUGAAAAAAAAUUGAUCUGUUUGGCUGCUUUUUCUCUUUGCACUUUAAUUAUGUUGUCAGAGCUGACAGCUGACUAAUAAAUUCAACUUGCUGGCUCAUAAGACCCAGUGGAAUUGAUAAUAUCCCACAGAGGUGGAGAAUGUACAUUUUUCCUGCAUGGCCAUCUCUGUACAUAACUAUAUAGUGAAAUAUCAAGUAAGUAAAAGAAAAUAUUUAUAAUAUUUGAAGACCAUUCCAAAAAUAUUUUCAAUAGCUCAUAUUAGCUAACAGGAUAGCUCUAAACUCAAGGAGGGUGACUUAUGGAUGGUUAAUUUUUCUUUCUUUUUUUUUUAAAAGUUGCUUGUUUUUUCUCUUUAGUUUCAAAUAAAAAGUUGAUGCAUCUUGAUGCAUGAUAAGAAGCAUGAGUUCUUUGGAUCCUAACAAUGAAUAACUUAUCAUUUUUUUUCUCAGUGUUCAGAAACAAAGUUUGAACUAAUAUAUAUUAGUUACACCAAGCACCUCAAAGUCUUGCAAAAGAAUAAGAAAGUAAAGGCUAACUUUCUUGGUGCAAAGACAGUUUUGAAAGUGAACAAAAACCAGGACAGAUCAGUGAAAAGACCACACACAUAGCAGUUUCAGGCAGAACAACACCUGGAAAUGUUGUAUCAGACUCUGGCCUUGGACUCUCCAGAGUCUUCCAGAAGGCAGGGUGUGGUUCUGUGGGCACUGUCCCUGGAAGUUUGGACCCUUAAUUCUAUGACCCAGUGGUUCCAGAGGCACUGCAGCCAUUCUUAUUAGAGAAAAAUAGGAACUAGAGGAAUUUCCAAAUGCUCCUUCCCUUUUGGCAUACAGGUUUUCCUCAGCUAGUGACAAAGCCGGCAGGUCUAUUUCCUGCAGAAUGUUGGAAGAGCGCCCCCUAGCGGUCAACUAUGGGCACUGUCCGUCGUCUCUGCUGACCCUUUAAGUACUUUUUUUUGCGAGUUACACACCCCUCCUGCUUCCUAGAGUCUGAAGCCUUGAGGGAGCUACAAGAGAGAACUCCAUCUCCAAGGGAGUUGCUUUUGAUGACCUGAACCAUUUCUGGGCCAGCUGCGAGAGGAAAGCGCAUUUUUAAAAAGCUCAAUUUGGUCACAUUUAAAAGCCCCAAGAGCAAUUUGUGGUUUCCUUUUGAUUGUUUAAAGCACCCAUCCUCUUCUGCCUUGCGAGCUUUGUUUGACGGUUGGAAUGAGCGCUCCUGGCUGGGUCUGCUUGUAUUCCAUUACAUGAGACCCAUUUCUAUGAGUAGAUGGGAGGUCAGCUUCUAACAGCCAAAUAGGGAACACUUGUAUUCUUGCAAAAUUAACCUAGAAAAUCAGAAGUAAAAUCCAAUUUCAUGCUUUCAGAUGAAUACUCAUAUUUUGUAUAGUCAAUGAAAUUAUCUUGGGGAUUUUACGGAAUGCCUUUGGUGAUUAACUCAGACAUCCAGUUUUGCUACAGGGACAAGUCUCUUAUUUAAGGCAAUAUAUUAUGUGACUGAUUCAGGCAUGAAGCAGAAUGUUGUCAGUUUUCCUUAGUGUUUCUCCGAAGGAAUUUAAAGAGGGAAAUUCAAACCUACUGUUGCAGUAUUUUCAACUGACUCUCACACCAAGUCCCUAUUACUGUCCAUUAAAUUUCAGUACAGAUGUUGAAUGACUUGGCAGAGAAAAAUCCAUGAUGUUCCAGUUUGGAGUGUGUGUGAUAAUGGACCUCCUUUUUUCUCACAGUGUUGUAACAGACAGGACCGUGGGUCAGCGAUGAUUGGACUGUUUUCAAAUUCUUAACUAAAAAGAGUAAUGCGGUAGGGAGGGUGUUCCCAAUAGAAUUAAGUUUUAUUUUAAAAUAAAGGAUUUCAUUUCACUUUUCUUUUCAAAGGUUGAUUUUAUUCUCCCUGGAGGGUGGGGAAAAAACAACUUUCCCUUCAUUUUAAACCAUAAGAUUUUUUUUAAAACCAGCCUGUGAAGUUUAUUAUUUUUACUGCUAUUGAAAUGGUAUAAAAGAUAAUAUUUAUGGCUAAACAAUAGAGCUGUGCUAAUGUCCACAGCCAGAAGGAAUACAUGAAUAAGAUUCAUUUUCACUUCAGAAAGACAACAGAUUGUAGUUUUAACUAAUUACUUGAUUACUGACACCACUAUGUGAACCCUGGUAAUAAGACUUGAACCAAUGAAAUCUAAUCAGAGUGUCAUUUCUUGGUAUCUGUUAGUGACUUAAAAUUAAGGCAGGGAGGAACUAAAGUAGAAAACAACCAUCUUGUUGUAGGUAUAAAUACAUGAAAGAUCAGAAAAUUAUUCACCUUGGCUACCAUACCACAUGAUGUUAACAUUAGGGUUGAUUUGAUUGUACUUGAUUGCAUUUGCUCAAGAAAAAUAAUAGUUCUACUAAAUGAUGUUGAACCACUGUCUUAUUCCACCACCAUUAAUUUUUCUCUGGAAAGGCAGUUGUGAAAGAGCACUGGACUAGGCAUCCUAGCCCUAGGUUCAGAUCUACCCAGCUAAAGCUGGGAAACCUUAGGCCAGUGCUGAAACCUCUCUGAUCCUCAGUUUCCUCAUCUGUGAAAUGGAGUUAAUAGUGAUUCCUGUGCUGCCUACCUCACAGGACUGUCAUGAGGACAAAGUGGAUCCGACUGUAAAGUGCUGUCCAAAUGUGAGGUAAUUUGAUUACCAUCCUCAUCUCUCUUUUGCAGAGGAUUUAAGUGUAUUUGUUUGUUUUGUGUGUGUGUGUGAUGGACAAACCCGUGUAUUACUUGGAGAACUAUAUUGUUUGUGUCCAGUUACUUUGCAAAUCUGCUGACAUCUGUGACUCCGACAGAGGGGUUUGUGCUAUGGCCUAACACUUGCCAGGUGAGGUGUGGGUAAUGCCUGUAUGCAAAUUAAACUUUGCCUUUCUCAAAUUCUC